AUGUCAUUAGAUGACAACACAAGGGGUCGGCAGGCCGUAAUCCUCUCAAGUGUGUUCAAUUCGCUUCACUCACUGAAGGCGUUCUACGCCAGCCUCAUCGUUUACUACCUUUCGCUCGGCUUUACAAAGGUCUCGAUCCUACUACAGUAUCAACGCGUGUUCACAACAAGGAAGUUCCAAAUCGCUUGCUGGACUAUCGUGGCGGUCGUCAUCGUGUAUGCUUUCUGGACUGUGUUGAGCAGUAUAUUUGGAUGCAAGCCGAUUCAAGCCUUCUGGACGCUGAAGCAACCGUUCGAGUGCCUGAAUCAAUAUGCGGUAUGGUUCGCCAACGGCGCCAUGAACAUCUUGACAGACCUCGCUAUCAUCGUGCUUCCGAUGCCGGUUAUUCGGAAACUCAAUCUGCCCCGGAGACAGAAACAGGCGCUCAUCGGAAUCUUUGCUAUCGGUGGCUUGUAA